AUGCCUCCCCGCCGAUCAGAACGGUACACACCUGCAAGCGACAGCAGUGAUGAGGAGUCAUUAGAGUCGCGUGGCAACACGCCAUUUAAAGCGCGAGGAAACUAUUUGAUCGACGAGAGCUCGUCCAAGGGGUUGAGGAGCCAGGCGGUCAACCGGUUCAAGCACCUGCUCGGAUUGAGUGACCUGUUCAGGCACUUUGUGGAUCUCCGGGCUCAGCGUGACACCGAAUUCCAAAGUAUCUUGGAUGAUGCAGAAAAAGCAAAUCGAAAACACCGGUCCAGCACCAGCGGGCUUAAAAAUCGGCAGUUUCACCGUCAGGCCGCUGAGGAAGAUAACGAGGGCAACAUGCUCGACGAUGAUUCUGACGACGAGCUUACCGUGUUCACCGAAAGUCCUGCUUUUAUCAAGGGUAAAUUACGUGACUACCAAAUUGACGGUCUUAACUGGAUGAUUUCUCUGUAUCAGAAUUCAUUGUCAGGCAUUCUAGCCGACGAAAUGGGACUUGGAAAGACUCUACAAACCAUCUCCUUCUUGACUUACCUUAGAGAGGUUCGCAAAAUCGUUGGUCCUUAUCUUAUUAUCGUGCCCAAAAGUACUAUUGACAACUGGGCUCGGGAAUUCGCCAAGUGGUCUCCAAAGUUCAACGUGCUCGUUUUAUCGGGCGAUAAACAGUCACGUGCGGAGUUGGUGCGCAAACGCCUCAAGCCUUGCGAUUUCGACGUCUGUAUCACCUCUUUUGAGCUGGUUAUCCGCGAGAAAGCCGCCCUGAAACGUUUCGCUUGGCAGUAUCUGGUGGUCGACGAAGCCCAUCGUAUCAAAAAUGAGGAGAGUAUUCUAAGCCGUAUUGUUCGGUUGUUGUUUUCCCGCAACCGUCUUCUGAUUACCGGAACCCCACUGCAAAACAAUUUGCAUGAGCUAUGGGCUCUUCUUAACUUUCUACUGCCUGAUGUCUUUGCUGACUCUGAGGUGUUUGAUGAGUGGUUUCAAUCGGAGAAUGAGGACCAAGAACGUGUUGUUGAGCAACUCCAUCGUUUGUUACGCCCGUUUUUGUUGCGGCGAGUCAAGAACGACGUCGAGCGUAGUCUGCUACCCAAAAAGGAGAUCAACCUGUAUGUCGGUAUGACCGAUAUGCAAAUUCAGUGGUACCAAAAGCUUCUUGAGAAAGAUCUUGAUGCGAUCAAUGGCAAUGAUAAGCGGUCAGGUGAGUCUAAGAUGCGACUGUUGAACGUCGUUAUGCAACUCAGAAAAUGCUGCAACCAUCCUUAUUUAUUCGAAGGAGCCGAGCCGGGUCCUCCUUUCACAACCGAUGAGCACAUUAUCACCAACAGUGCCAAAAUGGUGGUUUUAGAUAAGCUUCUUGCUCGUUUGAAAGAGCAGGGUUCUCGUGUUUUGAUCUUUUCCCAAAUGAGCCGCAUGCUUGAUAUUCUUGAAGAUUACUGCAGUUUCAGAGAUUACGAGUACUGUCGCAUCGACGGUAGUACAGAGCAUGAGGACCGCGUGGAGGCAAUCGACGAGUUCAACAAGCCUGGCAGUAAAAAAAUGAUUUUCCUUUUGACAACUCGUGCCGGUGGUCUUGGAAUUAAUUUGACCACCGCCGAUCAAGUUGUAUUGUACGAUUCAGACUGGAAUCCUCAGGCUGAUUUACAGGCCAUGGACCGUGCUCAUCGCAUUGGCCAGACCAAACAGGUCGUUGUUUAUCGAUUUGUUACUGAAAACGCCAUUGAAGAAAAGGUUCUAGAGCGGGCAGCUCAAAAAUUGCGAUUAGAUCAACUGGUCAUUCAACAGGGUCGCAGCAGCCAGCAAGAUAAGGCCAAACAGGCAGCCAGUAAGGAAGAGCUUGUGGACAUGAUCAGACAUGGAGCUCAAAACGUGUUUGACCAAAACAAGGGUACGUUUGUGGACGAAAGCAUCGAUGAUAUCAUUCGAAAUGGUGAGUCCAGAACCAAAGAGCUCAAUGUCAAGUAUUCAGCCCUUGGUCUAGAUGAGCUCCAAAAGUUCACUUUCGACCAUCCGACUCAAGCAAUUGUCAGUCGCCAUCAGGCUAGUGCUGAAGGGAGCGACACUGAACAUGUUCGUCACCGCCGUGAGCGCAAGGAAUUGGUAUACUCUGCAGAUGGACUGGAGAAGGUGAGAUUGUCGAGACCUCCGCGACAGGUGCCUAUUGUGGACUAUCAGUUUUUCCCUCCCGAACUAGAGCAGCUGCAGGAAAAAGAGAUGACUUAUUAUCGCAAGCAGGUGGGUGUGCGAGUGUCCACCGAAGAUUUCAGUGACGAGGACGAAGAAGCUUGCGAACAGAUGAACCGUGAAAUCGAAGCUGCCGAGCCUCUAACUGAGGAAGAACAAGCUCGUAAAGAAGAGCUUGUCAACGAAGGGUUCCCUAUGUUUACAAAGCGCGACUUUCAUCACUUUUUGCAUCUUGCAGCCAAGCAUGGACGCGACGGUAUUGAUGCAAUCGUGGGAGAGUGGUCCGAAAAGGACGAGGCCACUGUGCGCCGGUACCACAAAGUCUUCUUUGAGCGGUUCAAGGAAUUGAACGAUUAUGAACGCUACAUGGCUCAAAUUGAGGCCGGCGAGAGUCGAUCCCGCAAACAAAACCACCAGUUUGAGAUUCUUAAAAAUAAAGUCACUGGCUGUCGGGCACCUCUUAGUGAAAUGCAGAUUACCUACCCUUUGAGUAAUGUGCGUCGAUCCUACAACGAAGAUGAGGACCGGUUUUUGCUGGUAGCAAUGUACGAACUGGGUCUAGACACUCCAAACUUGUUUGAAGAAAUCCGGACUCGAAUCAGGACUAGUGGACUAUUUGACUAUGACUGGUUCUUUAUGUCGCGGUCCGCUGUUGAAAUCAGCCGCCGCUGCAGCACGCUGCUGCUGAUUAUCACGCGAGAGGUAGACGGUCCCAGCGCCCUCAAACGCAAGUCCCGAAAGGAAGCAGUUGAAAGCGACGAGGAGGUCGAUGAAACGCCUCGCCGCAAGGGACGACGAAAGCGGACGGAAAGAGCGGCUACAGAAGAAUUUAGCGAAUAA